UCAGCAUGACAGCUUUGAUUAUUGAUACGAAUUGCGAUUGAAUUACAGAGAAAGAACACCAAGUAAAUUUCAAUUAAUGAUUUUUAUGUUAUUCUUUUCAUAGAAUUUUUACUGAAUUAGUUAAAAAUGCUCCGAUUUGAAAGCUCAAUAGCUAUUUUUGUGUGUAUUAUUGCCAAUGUUUUCUGUGCAUUAAAUUCUGUUGAAGAAGAUGUUGGGACUGGAAGGUACGUUAUCGAAGGACGAGUGUUCCCAGCUGACGACCAAGACUUAUCAACUUGGCAAGUGGAUACUAGAAUUCACGUAAAUGGAGGCGAAUACAUUGGCUUCAUUAAAGACGAUGGUUCUUUCACAAUAUACAAUGUCCCAACAGGGUCUUAUGUGGUUGAAAUCGUAAAUCCAGAUUACAUGUAUGAGCCAGUUAGAGUCGAAAUUAACUCAAAAGGCAAAUAUAGAGCUCGUAAAGUGAAUUACAUACAGACCUCACAAGUUAUUCAAGUGCCAUACCCAUUGAGAAUGAAAGCAAUAACUAAAUUUCGUUAUUUCCAAAUGCGUGAACAAUGGAGAUUAACUGACUUUUUAUUCAACCCAAUGGUGAUCAUGAUGGUGUUACCUUUACUAUUAAUCAUGAUUCUGCCUAAAAUGAUGAAUGAUCCAGAAACCAAAGAAGACUUAAAGCAAAUUAGUAAUAUGGCUAAGAUGUCCGAGUUACCUGAGAUGUCAGAGAUGUUUACUUCUCUGUUCAGUGGAGGAGCUGCCACUAAAGCCAAUGUCAAAGCUAAACAAAUUAAGAAGAGACAGUAGUAUAAUACAAAUAAAUAAUAGUUAAUUUACAAAGGUGUAUUAUGUUAUUUAGGAAUAAUGGUCAUCAAUAAAUU